CAUUAAUGGGAUAUCAUUUUGAACGAAACUACUGGGGCCCAAGAAAUCUUAGUGAAAUAGAGACGGUAUUAUGGAACCAUCACAACAAUAUUAAUUUGAAUCGGAUAUAUAUUCACCCUUAUGCGACCAACCCUGACUUAACUGAAUUCAGUGAUGAUGAUCAGGAUGUUCAGUUUUUAAUGACUUCAUUUUUUGGAGGUGAUGUGAUUCAGGAUAUCGUUGUUGAAGCAAGAACCGAACCUUACAUUGUACAAAGAUCUAUAUACAUAAGAGAUGGUGGCAUGCUGACAUUAAAUGCUGGUGUACAUCUGAUGUUUAGAGGAAUGCAUGGGAUUUUUGUUGAAGGUCGCCUUGUGAUCAAUGGCAGUGCCGAAAGUAAUGUAAUCCUUUCAAGAAAAGAAAGAGACGCUCAAUGGGAAGGAAUUGUGUUCCAGAAGCCUAAACCGGGGGCUUGUAAAAAUGGUACACACUUUUCACUGAUGAGGCAUUUUGCCAUCAAAGAAAAUAACAGAGAGAUCAACUCAAACUGGGACAGAUGGUACUGUAUACAUCGCUGUAGAACUGCAACCUAUGUAUGCAAGUCAAUAGAGUACAGGGCUUUGGAUGGUCGCUGUCAACUGAGUGACAAAUCAAAAGAAGAUAUCAAUCCCAGCAUGUGGAGCAACUUUACGGAAGAAUGGGAUUUCUACGAACGAGCAGAUUGUAUUGAUCCCGAAGCAUCUGUUGUUCGCCAUGCUAACAUAACAGGAUCGAAAUAUGGAAUGCUGAUAUAUGAUGUCCCUAUCAAGGUUUAUGAUGCACGCAUUGAGUAUGUGGAAAAUGGAUUGAUCUUUCACAAAAAUAGUUUUGGCACAAACAUGACAUUUCGGGAUAGUCAGAUAAGUCAAAGCACUGGCAGUGGAAUAGUCAUGACGUCAUCUGCUCUACGAUAUAUUGAUAUGACGGGGAGUGUGGUUGACAGGGCUCGAUACCAUGGUAUACUUUUGGAUGGAGACAACCCGAUAUUGAAUUUGAUAAAUGGAACAGUAUCUCAAAGUGAAAAACAUGGAAUCUAUAAAUCAUCGAGUGUUAGUGCGGCGUCUGUAUCACUUGAUGGCGUAACAUUUGAUUCCAAUAGACAAAAUGAUCUGAAUAUCAAAUAUCCAAAAUAUAUAUCCGUUUUAAACUGCGCAUUCAUGAAAUCUAUCCAGUCAAAUUACCAUGCAAUAUAUAUCAGUAAAAUGGGACAGUAUUAUGACAAGACUUCUCGUUUGACUAUGGAUAUCAAGAACUCUGUAUUUGAAGAAAACGUGGGACCUGUUGUAAAGGUGACAACCAAUACGCAUAAUCACCAUUUGAAAGCGUUAAUCAACAUACAGAAUAAUGUAUUUCGAAAUAAUAGUAACAGUCUGGUGGAAAUUGCGCCCUCAACAGGUACUGAUGUAUUGAUUCAAGAUAAUCUAAUGGAAUAUAACGUUGGAACAGCUCACCUAAUAGACAUACAUGCAAUUUAUUACCAAUAUGGAAAGCAAUGGCUCAACAAUGACGUCCAUAUUAUUCGAAAUAAGUUGUUAAGCAAUGAAGGUCUAACAAUGGUUCACCUUAACCCAGAUGACAACGCGAAAAGCAGUGGGAUGUUAACUGAUAAUGUUUUCAGUGGUAACUCUGCAUCACAGGGCAUCAUUAGGACGACAUCCGGAAAUUAUUCAUUUCAUUACAAUAUACUUGAGAACCCUUCCAUUGCUUUUGAACUAUAUGUAGAGUAUAACGGCGACGACGUCGUAGACGCCACUUAUAACUGGUGGGGAAGCACAACUGAAGCGUAUGCAAAGGACCGUAUAUUUGAUAAAGAAGAUGCAAUAAACUCUGCAGUCGUUGUGUACAUCCCAAUUUUACAAGGAAAGGUGUUUACAUGCUUUGCUGUAAAUAAUUGUUCUGGCCACGGGGAAUGCAUCAGACCUGAUAGAUGUCGCUGUGAUGAUGGAUGGAAGGGUACUGAGUGUAACCAAGUCUCUUGUCAACAGGUAUC